UCUGUAUGAUUGAUAUCUCCCUCACUCACCACAGAACGAUGGACAGGAUGCUUAAAAUCCUGUAUUUUUAAGUCCUGUGGAGGGAGCCCCAAACUUACUCUGAUUUCUCCACAGACAGCUACCAUUCACCUUAUGUUGGGUCUUCAACUACAUCAAAACCAGCUUUAGGUGAGGAGUUGAAAGAAAACACCAAAUCCCACCUUGAAAUUUUUAUCCUUUUCUUCGCUUCCACAAAUUACAGUCAACCCCAGCCGCAGAAUCUCUGGCUUUCUGUUCUCCAAUUAUUGCUCCAACUAUUUUGAAGACGACCCAUAAUCUGAUAACCAUCAAUUCCCAAACCCAGAAGAGAUGAAUUUCAGGAGCUUGGAAGAGUUCUGGCCUUUCUAUGUGACACAACACUCAAAACCAUCAACGAGGCGUUGGCAUUUUGUGGGUACACUUACAAGUAUUCUCUCUUUGCUAUACUCGGUGUUUUUUAAUAUGUGGUUUUUGUUUUUUGUACCCUUCUUUGGGUAUGGUUUCGCAUGGUACAGCCAUUUCUUUGUGGAAAGGAACGUUCCUGCAACCUUUGGGCAUCCAUUUUGGUCUCUUCUAUGUGAUUUUAAGAUGUUUGGAUUGAUGCUUACCGGCCAAAUGGAUAGAGAGAUCAAGAGGCUUGGAAAGAGGCCUGUGUUGCAGAGCUUUUAGUCAUUGAUGCCAAGGCAUUUUUUCUCUGUUUCUUUCCUGCUGAAAAUAAUCAUGUACAUGUAAUGAAGAUGCUUCAACUUCCCCCUCAAUUUGUGUUGGUAACUUUUGUGUGUUCACUUUCCUCUCCAUGUAAACAUGUUCAUUUCUAAAUUAAACACAGGCUCUUGAGCUGAACCAAUUGAUAAAAGGUAUUGCUUUCUGUUUAUCAGAA